AUGACAACACCAAAAAAAUGGGCAUCCGUAGCUUAUUUGCUGUUACUUAGCUGGGGAGUGAGCUCUGCUCACAGGGCAAUUAAUAUUGGCAAGGAUAAAGCCUUACUAGUUGAUAAACCAGAUUCCCUUGGCCUCCGACAAAUUGGAGGAGGGCUUGGCGGACAAAUGGGAGGGGGGCUUGAUGGGCAGAUGGGAGGGGGGCUCGGCGGACAGAUGGGAGGAGGGCUUGGAGGGCAAAUAGGAGGAGAGCUUGGCGGACUAAUGAGGGGAGGGCUUGGAGGACAAAUUGGAGGAGGCAUUGGUGGAGGACAGAUGGGAGGAGGGGUUGGCGGACAAAUGGGGGGAGGGCUGGGUGGACAAAUCGGGGGAGGGCUUGGAGGAAUAAUUGGAGGAGGACUUGGUGGACAGAUACGAGGUGGGAUUAUUGGAGGUGGUAUUAGUUUCAAUCCAGGUUUUGGUGGCGGAGGUGAGGGGAAUUGUGGUGGCCGUGGAUAUAGUGGUGGUGAAGGCGGUGGUAGUUGCGGUGGCCAAGAUGGUGUAUAUGGAUGCGGAGAAGGUGGUGGUAGUUGUGUUGACCAGGGCGGUGGUGGUAGCUGUGGUUACCAAGGCAGUGGAUGUGUCGGAAGCUAUGGAGGUGGCAAUUGUGGCGGCGAAGGUGGUGAAAGUGACGGUGGGGAAGGCGGCGGUCAUUAUGGCGGCCAAGGCAGUGAUGCUAAUUCUACUGUUCACCAUAACAAUCUCAAAACGGCCUAUGUAUCCAGGGAGGCAACCAAAAGCCAUGAACAAAAUGGCAACCAUAUGAAAUUGAAGACGGACAUGAACAAUGGAAGACGCCAACAGAUGAAAGUAAACGCAAUUCUGAAUCGCGUCAAGCGCAUGCUAUCGAUGCCAUACCUCCACAAGUUCUGGACGCCAUUGCCAUGGCCCCACAAUCAGGCUAGGCAGACCAGGAUCUUCUAUAAAUAUAUUAUCUCUGGUGUAAUACUGUGUUUCACAGAAGUUCAAUAA